AUGUUUAUUCAAAAAUUGUGGUUAACAGGCCUAGAUUGGAAUGACAAUCUGCCGGAAGACUUGCAGACGAAAUGGAUAUCUUUUCGCAACGAGCUUAAGACAGUUCCAGAAGUACGCAUAUCACGCUGGCUUAAUACAUCCCAGCAAAAUGAAACCUAUGAGCUCCAUACCUUUGCAGAUGCAUCUACGCACGCAUACGCCGCUGUAGUGUACUUAAAGGUUGUCGCUAAAUCAUCCGUCCACAUUCACCUAUUGAUGUCGAAGACACGAGUGGCACCAUUAAAGAAAGUUACAGUACCACGGCUCGAGCUAUGUGCAGCCUUACUUGCUGCUCGUCUGAUGAAUAAGGUAAGAGAUACGCUUAACCUAUCCUCUAUAUCUACUUAUAUGUGGUCAGACUCUACGACUACAAUAUGGUGGAUACGAUCCGAUCCAGGAGCGCUAAAAGAGUUCAUGUCGAAUCGUGUUAGCCAGAUACAAGAGGUGACUACUGUAAGCGACUGGCGUUAUGUUAACACGGCCGACAAUCCUGCUGAUUGUGCCUCACGAGGACUGACCAUGGCGCAGCUUGUAGAUCAUCACCUAUGGUGGCAUGGGCCCUCCUGGCUUAGCCAACCAGAAACCAGCUGGCCACACCCUUUGCUAAAGGUACCAGAAAAGCUCUCCGAAUCCAAACCUGUGCAAGCUACAACGGCACGCAUCAUUCCUUCUGAUUGGUUCAUCCUGGAAAAAUAUUCGACGCUUGAAAGACUUUUAGUAAUCACUGCUUGGUGUCUCCGAUUCAUACGGGCCUCGCGAGGUAUGGCCCAUGACACUGGCAUGAUGUGUUUGUGGAGCGAGCGCGAGGCUGCCAUGAAAUUUUGGAUCAAGCGCAUACAAGCUAUCAUGUUCAAGAGCGACAUCGCAGCUCUCAAUGAUACUAAAGCAGUCAACAAGAGGAGCAAACUGUUGAAGCUAAAUCCCAUGUUAGACAAAAAUGGGAUGUUGUGCGUCGGCGGUCGCUUAAGGAACGCAAAUAUUCCAUUCUCAGAGCGACACCCUGUCAUCCUACCAAAGGAUAAUCAUCUCACCAUGUUGUUCAUUAGACAAGCUCACCAGCGCACCCUUGAUGGUGGCACCCAAGCCACACUCCAGUACGUUCGUCAGCGGUUUUGGAUUAUCGACGGACGGCAAGCUGUUAAGCGAAUAGCGAGUAAUUGUGUAAGGUGCUUCCGCUACAAAUGUUCGCCUCAGACGCAACUAAUGGGCGAUCUUCCCUCUGCCCGCUGCAAUGCAUCACCGCCGUUCAUGCACAGCGGCGUGGAUUUUGCGGGCCCCUUCAACAUAAGAACAACCAAAGGUCGAGGCCACCGUAGCUACAAAGGCUACGUGGCGCUCUUUGUCUGCUUGGCCACAAGAGCAGUACAUCUCGAGCUCGUCAGCGAUAUGACAACGGAAGCGUUUCUUGCAGCGCUGACACGAUACGUAUCGGUACGUGGACUUGGCUCUGAUUUAUAUAGUGACCAUGGGACAACAUUCAUUGGAGCCAAUGCUCUAGUUCAAGAAGAGAUACGUGCGUUCAAAGCUCAGCUACGAGCUGCCACUAGUUACGGCUCUACAAUCGGCCUGACAUGGCACUUCAUACCCCCCGGUGCUCCAAAUUUUGGCGGUAUCUGGGAGGCAGGCGUCAAGACUUAG